GAAAUUUUGUUUGUAUUUCUUACACCGAAUCGGUGCUGGCAUUGCUACUUCAAGUUAUGUUCUUUUCGAAACGACUUGGGGCAUUGGCACAUGCACGCGUUCUACUGCGCUCUAGACAACCGUAUUCUUUAACUCAGACAGCCUCAUUGAGCGGCUCAUCGAUCAAGUCCCUUCAAGAUGCUUUCCGAGACCCGUCUUCGCCAUUUCAUCUUGCGCCAGGACAGGCAGGUCCUGAAUCACCGGACUCUCCUCCCUCACUCCCAGACCCGACUCCAUCUCAGUCCAGCCACCCCACUGCAGUUGGCUCGCCGGCAGAGAACGCUAGAGCUAAGCUGAUUUCCAUGGGCUUAUGAACACGUUAACAAUGCACACUACCGUAAGGGUUCUCGUUUUCUUUGAACCGGAACAAUGGGGUCGCUCACGAAUCUGCCACUGUCAAUAUGCAGUACGAUUCAUCGAAUCGGUCAGCAUGUUGAUAUUGUUGCCAAGGUUCGUAUGUACUGAAGCUUGGCUAGGGUCGCAUGGUGUGGCUCAUGGCCCUAGGAAAAGUUCUUGGGGGUGAAGAACGCGUCAAGGCAAUGCUCACGGGUCAGGGCGUCUCACUCAUACUCAAAUCAGCAAACAUCAAUUUUAGAAGACCAGUAACGUUUCCUGACACAGUGAGAUUUCCUCGUAACAUUUAUUUAGUGAUAUGUUUCAUAACCAUGACUAGCUUUUGAUUGGUCAAAGACCGAU